AUGUUUUAUCGUUCAAACUCCGACGGCAAUGGUGGGGAGACGACAUGGUGUUUCAGUCAGGUGAAGGGUACUCUAGAGGAUGACGUCACAGAGGCUGAUCUGAUAUCAUGCGUAGAGUUCAACCACGAUGGUGAAUUGUUAGCUACCGGGGACAAAGGUGGACGAGUUGUUAUAUUUCAGAGAGAUCCAGCAUCGAAACAAUGUGUGCCCAAAAAGGGAGAAUACAACGUUUACUCGACGUUCCAAUCUCAUGAGCCGGAGUUCGAUUAUCUUAAAUCAUUGGAAAUAGAAGAGAAAAUUAAUAAAAUAAGAUGGCUCAAGCGAAAGAAUCAAGCACACUUCCUUCUAUCAACUAAUGACAAGACUAUCAAAUUAUGGAAAGUGUCGGAGCGGGACAAGCGCGUGACGGGGUACAACACGCGCGAGGAGGGCGGACGGCCGCGCGACCCGGCGCGCGUCACGUCGCUGCGCGUGCCCACCGUGCGUCCCGCCGACCUGAUGGUGGAGGCGUCGCCUAGACGAAUAUUUGCAAACGCGCACACCUAUCACAUAAACUCAAUCUCUUUGAACUCGGACCAAGAGACUUACCUUUCAGCGGAUGAUCUCCGCAUAAACCUCUGGCAUUUGGAGAUCACCGACCAGAGCUUCAAUAUUGUGGACAUAAAGCCCGCUAAUAUGGAGGAACUCACUGAGGUUAUAACCGCGGCAGAGUUCCACCCGACUGAAUGUAAUCUCUUUGUAUAUUCUAGCAGUAAGGGUACAAUAAGGUUAUGCGACAUGCGUGCGGCGGCGCUGUGCGACCGACACGCGAAGUUGUUCGAGGAGCCGGAGGACCCUCACGCGAGGUCCUUCUUCUCGGAGAUCAUAUCUUCCAUCAGCGAUGUUAAGUUAAGCAAUUCGGGCAGAUAUAUGAUGUCGAGAGACUACUUAGGUUUAAAAGUAUGGGAUCUUAGAAUGGAAACAAAACCUGUAGAAACAUAUCCAGUACACGAAUACCUUCGUUCCAAAUUGUGUUCGUUGUACGAGAAUGACUGUAUCUUCGAUAAGUUUGAGUGCUGUUGGAGUGGUGAUGAUCAGCGGCUAAUGACUGGUUCUUAUAAUGGAUUCUUUAGAAUAUUCGAGCGAGGCGGUGCGGGCGCGGGCGCUAGGCGCGGCGAGCUAACCCUGGAGGCGUCACGUGAUGCGGCGGCGAGACCGCGUCAGCCGUUACGUGCGAGACGGGUUGCGGCCAGCGCUAAAAGGAAGAAGGACGAAAUAAGUGUAGACUGUUUGGAUUUCAACAAGAAAAUACUGCACACGGCGUGGCAUCCACACGAAAGCGUCAUAGCGGUAGCGGCGACCAACAAUCUGUUCAUAUUCCAGGAUAAAUUC